UUUCUUAUACGAAUUCCGCAAGACAAGAUCGUUUUUCGCUUAAACAUGGUUAACGUUUGGUAUAUGGACAAUGAUACAUCAGAUCAGCGCUUGGAACAUAAGCGCCAGCCUCCCACCUGUAUGGAGCUAGCUGAAUUAUAUACCAAAACCGGCGUGGAAUAUUUUAAGAUUAAUGCGGAUGACUAUGAGAAUGAUAAGGAGUUAAUGGAACUGCGUUCCCAGCGUGGUUACAACUUUGAAGACGAGAUCACUUGCUCGGAAAAGUGCCUGCCGGACUAUGCUAACAAAUUAAAAUCUUUCUACGCAGAGCACUUGCAUACGGACGAAGAGAUUCGUCUGGUCUUGGAAGGCUCCGGUUACUUUGAUGUACGUGAUUCUGAGGAAAACUGGCUGCGCAUACAGGUGGUCAAAGGAGAUUUGAUUAUUAUACCCGCUGGUAUCUACCAUCGCUUUACAUUGGACACCAACAACUAUAUAAAAGCACGCAGAUAUUUUGUUGGCGAGCCGGUUUGGACACCACACAAUCGUCCGGCAGAUGACAUGGACUGUCGCAAGGCCUACUUGGAGCGUCUAGUGCAACUAAGCGCUUAAUUCAUGUGCAAUUCUUUUAAAUGCUUUAAUUAAUAUUA